UUACAUCUGGUUUUUGUGUUUAAAAUUUGAGUUAUUUCAUCAGAGAAAGGAAAUUAAAAAUAAUCGAUUUGUCUGAUCACUGCUUCACAGUGAGGCGUUUAAGGGCCAACCAAAAAAUCUGACAAAGUUGAACCAAACAUGGGGUGUGACGUCAUCUCUGAGCCCCAUCCUCCUCAUCACCAAGCUGCUGAUCAGAUCGCAGAGUCACGUGACCUCGGCUGAUUAUCGAUCUGAGGAAGUCGAUUGAUUUUGUGUCAGUGAUAAAGAUGUGCGUGUGCUCAUUCCUGUUGAACGAGAUGCUGUGGAUCAGUCCAAGCGCCGACUGUCAGACCGGAAACUGCUCUGCCUUCACAAUAAGAGCAUGGACAGAUUUAUGUGCAACUGAAGAAGACAUGCUGUUUGGUUCUGAAACAAAAGUACAGGGUCCAGAAGUCUGGUCUGGUUUGUGUUUUGUCUCAGUAGAAAUCGGUAAUUUUUGUUGUUUUGAUUUAAUAUUAUGUAGCAGUAAGCAUUCACACUGCAAAAACUGUUAAAAAGUAUUAUUAUAAUUACUUGCGUGUCAGCUUCUUUUAUUUUGAAGGCCACGUUGCUGCACUUCCUGUACCGCUGCCGUCAACGCUGGACGUCUCGACGCAGCAGCGGGUGGCAGCUGGUGCGUCAGGAGGAGUCAGACAAGAGAGAUGCCAUAACAGCAUCAUCAUCAUCACGGAGCCGAGCCGAGCCGAGCCGAGCCCAGACCCGAACCGCCUCCUGAGUCCGGCUCCGCGGGGACGCCUCCCAUGCUCUGCCCGCCGCGCAGCGCCACAGUCCGGCUUCACGCAGGCGGAGAGCGGCGGCAUCUGGAGCGGAGUCCCGCAGCGUGGACAAACAACACGCCGUCAUCAACUACAACCCGACAACCGACGAGCACCUGGUGAAAGACCUGGGCAGCCUAAAUGGGACGUUUGUGAACGACCUGCGGAUCCCUGAUCAGACCUACAUCACCCUCAAACUGUCCGACAUCAUCCGCUUCGGAUACGAUUCUCAUGUCUAUGUUCUGGAGAAAAGUCAGCACAAAGUCCCAGAGGAGGCUCUGAAGCAUGAGAAGUACAGCAGUCAGCUGCAGAUGAGUCUGAAGGCUGCAGAGGGGAAGAAGAGUGAUGAAGACGAGCGGCAGCGAGGCGAUAAAACACUGAGCACCAAGAGUCUGACCCAAGAGGCUCCAGUGAGUCGGCCCACUCCUCUGUAUGGUCAGCCGUCAUGGUGGGGAGAGGAGGAUUAUGGGAAUAAAGUCCAGAGCAGUGAUCAGCCUCAUCCAGAUGGACAGAAAGAUGCUUCAUCCGUGGAUCCAGAUUUUUCCUCCCAACCAAAGACCGUCUUUCCUUCCUACCACCGUGAGCCCAGCUACUUUGAGAUACCCACCAAGGACUUCCAACACCAGAAACCAUCAGGAGCAGAGCUCCAUGAAAUCCCCACCAAGGACACGGACGUGCCCCAGGCUCCGCCUUCCCCUCCCACCCCAACCCCGCCCAUCGUUCAAAGCCACGCCUCCUUCACCAUCGAGUUUGACGACUGCAUGCCCGGCAAAAUCAAGAUCAAAGACCACGUCACCAAGUUCUCCACUCGCCAAAGGAAGCCACAGGCUCCGCCCGCCAAGACCACCAUCACCGCCGCGCCGUCGGAGAUGAUGUCAGCGCAGAGCAAAGUGGCUGAUUGGCUGGUUCACAGUGACGUCAGCAUGAUGAGGAGGCAUGCACCGUGUGAGGAUGUUUACAGCACCAAGAGUGACCUUGCCAUGAACAUCAAGACCCUCAAAGCAGGUCAUCAUCAUGAGGACGGAACCCAAAGUGAUUCAGAAGACCCGGUACUCAACGGCAGAAGCAAAUCCCACCACUCUGUCCAAUCAGAGCAGUCUGAGACAUCCCAGCAGACUGUCCAGUCCACACAGGAGCCUCCUCCAGCACAGAAACUCCACCACCUGCUGCAAUACUCCCCACCCAGACAAGCUCCGCUCUCACCUGUGGUCCCUGAGCAGCCCCUGUCUCAGAGCCCUCCUCAGCCCUCGUCUCCAACAGACACCCCGAAGCCGGGGCCUCCUGAGCACCUCACCCAGCAGGCCUUCAUCAUCGAGUUUUUUGACGACAACCCACGUAAGAAGCGUUCUCAGUCCUUCACGCACAACCCCGCUCACGCCGACACUUACUCCGCCCUCAAGUCCAAGCUGGAGCGACGUAAAGGCGGCGAGAGGCCAGCAUCCGUGCACGGACACAUUCCUCCCACCCAACAAGUGACCGUUCCUUUAAAGGGUCAGGGCCACAGCGGGCCCCAGAGGUCCAGCUCUCUGAAAAGGGAGAAGACGGAGGGAGAAGGGGCUUCGCUGAGCUCCUCCUCUCACUCCUCAUCGGGAAUUAUCGUCAGACCUUUCGGCAGCGUUGGUAAGAAGUCGAAGCUUGCCCAAGAGUUUGCUGCUGAAUUCUUGAAGGACUCUGGUCAGAAGGAGUCCUCCCCAACCAGGGACAAGACGUCGCCUCCCCCUAUGUCCGCACCGCCAGUGAUGGUGUCGCCGCCUCAAGCGCAGUUUCCCUCCCCGCAAGAACCUUCAACACCUGCUUCAAUCUCCUACCCCUCAUCACCCUUACAGCCUCAAGCAGCCUCAAAAUCCGCAAUACCACCAAGUGCUCCUGGCCACAUGGUCUCACUGGUCCAUCUAUCUGGAACCCCAAUGUCCCCUAUCCUGUCUCUGGGUGUUAGCGGAGGAGACCUCAAAGGUUCCCCGAGGAUGAAGAAGAACGAGGAGGAUGAUAGUCUGAGUGAUGCUGGGACGUACACUAUUGAGACAGAGUCGCAAGACAAAGAGGUGGAAGAGGCUCGCAGCAUGAUUGAUCAGGUGUUUGGUGUCCUCGACUCUCCAGAGUACAGUGAUGUGACCACAGGAGUCAGUAGACCAGUUAUAAAUGAAGGCAAAGAUGAGCAAGCUAACCUGCCUAGUGAUGGUAGCACUGUGGACCCGUUGCAUGGCUUUAUCCCAGCUGCUCUCAGUGGCACCCCAACAGGUCCCAUACAGGUUCCUGCUGCCGGUAUUGAGGGUCCAAAGUGGGUUUCCCGAUGGGCCAGUCUAGCAGACAGCUAUGCUGAACCUGGCUCCACUCCACAUCAAGUAGAAUGUGUCGAAGAUUUGCAUUUCACGAGCCAUUCGAUGGGAAGUUUCAGCUACGACACCUCAGAGUCAGAGACGAGCCACAGCUCCAGGACGAGACGGUUGCUGCCUCAAGUGCCUCCAGAGAAACUGGAAAGUGUUCCUCCGAGCAUCCUGAUUCGGCACGAAUCGUACCAGGGCCAGGAGUCUCUGAACAGAGUUUCUGGUCACCUUUGCCCACAGGACUCCACCCAGCACCUAGCCGUUCAGGAUGACCUAGACCCAGACAGCCUGAGUGAUGCCAGUCGCUCCGAAGAAGCACCUAUUCUGGAGAAAGCAAGGAAGGAUGCCAGGACUGGAGCUACGUCUCCAGGUGUUGCAGGCCACCCCUUUAAAUAUCAGGAAAGAGUUUCUCCAACCAACAAAUCCACCUCCUUCUACAUUGGUGCUGAGGAUUACCCAGGCAAGCCUGACCAAGCCCGGAGCCCCGUCCAGUCUGAGAGGACUCGAGACCUCCCUGCUAAAACUCCUCCUACCACAGUCCUGAUCCGACACUUAAGUGGACACGAACCCAAGAGGACAGGAGUCAAACCCAACAGCUCUGCUCCUAACCUCCAAACACAGGACAGAGAUUCGGUUCCUACUAAAGACAGCGGCAUGCUGUUUAUGGUCCGGCAGGAGAGUUUCACCAAAGACCAACCCAGUGACACUGUCCAGAUGAAAAAGCUUCCCCAUAUCUCCAGCCACCCAUCCAUCAGAGAGAUGGAGCAGAGGCGCGAGAACAUCCAGGACACUCAGCCCUUCCUUCAGGAGGCAGAGGGAACUCUGUCCUCUCUGGACACCAAGCUGCCCUCAAUUGGUUCUGGACGUAGCUCGAAGAAGGGGGGCUCGUCUACCCGCAUGGACGAUUCCCUUUCAGGUGAGUCAGAUGUAGAUACAGCAAGCACUGUGAGUCAAGUGAGUAGCAAAAAUGUUCCUAUCAGCUCCAAUUCUAAGAAGCGACCCACAAUCAGCAGCCUUCAAAAGGAGAAGUCCUCUUCCAGCCCGUCCAUUCAGGAAAAGGGACGACAGCUCAGUGCCCGAGAGCGGCUUUCUGAGAAACGUCGCAACCAGAUAUCCGCCGAAGCGCCAUGCAAGGGAGACACAACAAAGCGCUUCCAGAUGCGUCGCAGUACGGGCAACCGCGGCUCUUUGGAUAUGUCUGAACAAGCUUCUGGACCCAACUGGACGGAAACUACAUCUUCUGAUCAGGAAGUUUCCCGUCCAUCCAGCCGCACCAAAAAAAUUAUUGCUCCUCUUCAGAAAGAAGACAAUGGAAAGACGCCUAAGACAGUGACUCAGCAGGUUCUGACCCGUUCCAACAGCCUGUCAGCACCACGGCCGACCCGAGCAUCAAUGCUCCGACGAGCACGCCUGGGUGAAGCCUCAGACAAUGAGGGUACAGAGACUGAUCGAGCCUCCCAAAAUUCUGACCAGAUUUCUACUCCAUGUAAAGCAUCUGCUGAAGGUAAGAAGAUGUCCAGACUGGACAUUUUGGCGAUGCCCCGGAAGAGAACCGGCUCUUUUACGGCUCCCAGUGACAACGAAACCUCCACGAGUCGGUCUGGUUUCUCCAAUCGCAAUGCUGAGCCUCCUCCUACGGCCAGGAAAACAUCAGUUGGUGACGCCCGCCAAGCAGCCAGCCGAGGGGGUGGAGCUUCUGCAAAGCAGCCGCUGACUCGAACCCGAUCAAGUGGAGCCAAGUACCCCAGCAGUGGGUCCCAUCGUAAACAGAAGGGCUCGGACUUCUCCUCGUCCUCUGAGGACGAAUACGAGACCAACGCCGGUAGCUCCAAAUCCAAACGCCCCUCCCACCCAGCAGCAGCCUCGGCACAGACGCCACGCAGCCAACGAGUGGCCGCCAGAACCAAGUCUGUCUCGCUGGAGACGGAGGAGGACGAGGACCAGAACGAUGUCGACCCGUACCAGAACUGGUCCACGCACAGCGCCGAGAUCGCCAAGCUCAGUCAGGACCUGGCUAAAGACCUGGCCAUCCUGGCCCAGGAGAUCCACGAUGUUGCCGGGGACGGGGACUCGCCCAGCUCUGCGAUGGGACCCGCCACCUCUCCCAGCUCGCUGCCCAACACACCGGCCUCCACCAUGUCUGCCCGGGAGGAGACGUCAUCUGUUCCAUACCGCUACGGGGUUCGACCAUCUCAGCUGGUCCAACGUAUCCCCGAGGCCAGCUUAAACUACCAGAAGGUUCCUCCAGGUUCUGCCGCCGCCUUGGACCUGGACGCAAAUAUGAAUGAGACAGAGCCCGCCUCUUUGCAACGGCGCCCGUGGAAUCGCGAAGAGGUGAUCCUGGACAACCUGAUGCUGAACCCGGUGUCCCAGCUGUCCCAGGCCAUCCGGGAGAACACGGAGCAGCUGGCAGAGAAGAUGAAGGUUCUGUUCCAGAACAAGGCCGACGUCUGGAAGGACAUUGAGGCAAAGAUCAACGCUGAGAACGAAGUUCCCCUCCUGAAAACCUCCAACAAGGAAAUCACCUCCAUCCUGAAGGAGCUGAGAAGAGUUCAGCGGCAGCUUGAAGUAAUAAACACGAUUGUGGAGCCUGGUGGAGGUCUUCAGGCUGCAGCCACCGGGACAUCGACUCUCAGCCAAACUCGGCCAUCGUCCAAGGAGAAGAAACCCACCACCAAGCCCAGAACCUCCAACGCCAACGAAAGCACCAAGCGACCGCCCCGUGGGCCCGACGGGUCUCACUACAUGUCCUGAGCAGGCCACCGUAGCACCUUUGGAUGGGAGACUGAACCUUCACUCCGCCGGCAGCUUUAGAUUACCUCAGGUGCGGAGAGGCGGAGCUUAAACCCUGAUUGAAUUCUAAUUCCUUUGAAAAAUAGGAUUGUUGAUGCGAUUUUUGGGGGUUUUACAGCACAAACUUGAUGAAAAUCUACAUUUUCUGGUUGCUAGUGUCCCACAAUGCAUUGCACUCUGGAUUUUUGGGUUCUCUAAAUGAAAAGAUUCAACUUAAAGGGUUAUUCUGACUAUUUUGAAGUGAAGAAAAGCUGUAAAGAUUAUUCAAAUAUAAUCAUUUAAGUCCUAAAAGUCCUUUUUUUCUCUGCAUUGUUGGACCAAACUGAGCUUCAGCAGCACAAUCCAAAACCUCACGUCUUACUCUGGCGUUCCUCACAGCUGUGUCCUCGGUCCCGGCCGGUUCCGUGGUCGUCAGAACUUGCUCUAUUUGUAGAGAAGCUGCCAGUGGUGUGGACGCACUGAAGCUGUGCAGAACAAACAUCCCAUCUGUGUCCAGUCAUUCAGCCAGUAGGAGCUAAAGCAUCGUGAUUGGCCACAGUGUAUCUUUGUAGAGCUGCUUCCAUGUCGCACUACCGAAACCUAGCUACGAAAAAACAAGCAGCUGAAGUAUUAUACAGAAGUAUAUUAAUAAUUUUGUGCUUUGAUGAUUUUUUGUGUUGCGUUUGAACAGAUGAUAGACCGUGUCACUCUUAGCUUUCUGCGAGUAUUUAUGGGGCAGAACGGUUUUUUUCUUCGUGAUGUUCCACCGAAUGUUCCCGAGUUUACACUCGGGUUCUGUUUCGUCUCACUGUGGUUUUACUUUGAAGCUGAAUGUCGGACGGUUUCUGUGAAGUAACUGUUUAUCUUGGACAAAUCCACACGACGCUUUUUUAACCUCGAUGAAAGAAACAGAUAAAGUUGUUGAAAAUUAAAUGAUUAGUCAGAAACA